GUUGGCACCGGGGGUCGCAGUGCGAGUGGUCAUAGUUAAACGGGAAGAUGCAAAUCUUUGUAAAAACCCUUACUGGGAAAACCAUCACCCUUGAGGUUGAGCCCAGUGAUACUAUUGAAAAUGUGAAGGCUAAAAUCCAGGAUAAGGAAGGUAUUCCCCCUGACCAGCAGCGUCUGAUCUUUGCUGGUAAACAGCUUGAAGAUGGACGCACUCUAUCUGACUAUAACAUCCAGAAAGAGUCUACAUUGCACCUGGUGUUGCGUCUGCGUGGAGGUAUCAUUGAGCCUUCUCUUCGCCAACUUGCUCAAAAAUACAACUGUGACAAAAUGAUUUGCCGCAAGUGCUAUGCCCGCCUUCACCCUCGUGCUGUAAAUUGCCGUAAGAAGAAGUGUGGACACACCAAUAACCUGCGUCCCAAGAAGAAGGUCAAAUAAACUGACCUUUGCAUGUAUUGAGUUUUGUUGACAAAUAAAGACGAAAAAAAGAAA